AGCUUCCCGAGCACUGUUUGUUUAGUGACUAAAAAGAAAGCUUCAUGUCACUCCAAAGAGUAAAUAUCUGAAGUUAUGGAUUAACUAAGUUGCAGCAGAGCUCAUGGCGGAAGAACAGAUCACGCUGAUUCACACUGAAUAAAGCAGUAACUCCUGCUGCAGUAUGUGGAAGCUCAUCACAAUAGGGGUGCUGCUGGCUGCUUGUUCUUUACGCAUCUGUAGUACCUCAAUAUUUUACAGCAAUAAAGAUGCAAACCAAGUCCUGAAAAUCCAGAAGCGGGCAAACUCUUUUCUGGAGGAGCUCAAACCGGGCUCUGUGGAGCGUGAGUGCAUUGAAGAGCAGUGUGACUUUGAGGAGGCCAGUGAGAUAUUUGAAACAAAGGAAGCAACGCGAAAUUUUUGGACCAAAUAUGUAGAUGGAGAUCAGUGUGACCCUCUGCCUUGUUCCAAUGGGAUCUGCAAGGAUGAUAUUGGAAAAUUUUCCUGCAUCUGUAACAAAGGCUGGGAGGGGGUUUUGUGUAAUUAUGAGGUCAAAUAUACCAACUGUUCUGUCGAUAAUGGAGGAUGUGAGCAUUUCUGUAGGGAUGACCCUGCCAACCAGUGCCGUUCUUGCAGCUGUGCAUCUGGUUAUCGGUUGAUGAAUAACCAUACUACGUGCAAGCCUGUAGUAGAGUUCCCCUGUGGACGAGUGAAAAUGGACUACAUUGAAGCCAAAGCAGGAUUCAAUAUUCGGCUCAUUGAGGGAAAAAUAGGAAGAAGAGGAGACAGCCCUUGGCAGAUUAUGCUGCAAAAUAGCAAAGGGAAAUUUCUGUGUGGGGGUGUUCUCAUCCAUCCAUCUUGGGUCCUAACGGCAGCACACUGCACUGAAGCAGAAGAGGGGCUCAAAGUAAGACUUGGUAAAUACCACCGUAUCCGUGCUGAGGCAGGCGAGCAAACCAUUUGGGUUGAUAAACGUGUGAGCCACGAAAAUUACACCAAGGAGACCUCCGAUAAUGACAUAGCCAUGCUGCACUUGGUUGAGCCUGUGUCGUAUAACAAAUACACACUCCCUAUCUGUCUUCCCACCCGCGACCUGGCAGAACAGGAGCUGACAUUAAGUGGGAAGCAGAUGGUGGUAACUGGCUGGGGCAGCACAAGUGAUGUUAACAACAAUUACUCUACUUUCCUCAGCUAUAUUCAAAUCCCCAUGGUUCCCCGGAACGAGUGUGCCCAGGCAAUGAGAUUUGCUAUCUCUGACAACAUGCUGUGUGCUGGGACCUUAGGAGACAGAACAGAUUCCUGCAGUGGGGACAGUGGAGGCCCUAUGAUCACUAAAUAUAAGGAUACUUGGUUUUUGGUAGGACUGGUGAGCUGGGGCGAAGGCUGUGGAAGAAUGGAGAAAUUUGGAGUCUACACUAAAGUUAGUCAGUAUCUUGAGUGGAUCCAGCACCACAUAGAUGAGAUGUCAGCUUCUUCGAAGGGUUGAUUCUGAUACUGAGAGUCUGGAAUAUUGUGGCUAUGUGCUAGUGACAGUAUGCAGUGUAAUGUACUGUCAGAUCUUCAGUAUUAAAUAUUGAGUAUAUGUUAA